AAUUAAAAACUCAGAGUCAGAUUUAUCAUUUGAACUUCACAUUUUAAUUCAGAUUCACAAUACAGAUUAAAAAUAAAUAGUUGAUAUGAUAAAUUGAGAUUAUACCAGAAUUUCAGAGUUUAAAUAUUACGUUCCUGAAUGAAGGCUCUUAAAAUUGGCUCAUAAAAUUCUGAUCUGGAAUGAAAAUUCAAAAUUCGUUUUUUGUUUGUACAGUUCAGGAAUCGUAUGAAAAUUUGGAAACAAAUUCAAAGCACAAUUUUUGAACUCAGGUUACGAAUUCAGGAUCAGAAUGCAGAAUCAAAAUUCAGAAAAGGAUUUAGCUUGUAAAUGAGUUUUUCAAUCAACAUAAAAUUGUUGAGGAAUUCAAGAGAACAUGAACUUAAAAAUUUUCUUGUCAAUGCAAUUUACAGAUUUCAAAUUUCUUAAUCAAAAUUUGUUUAUAAACACAAUUCAGCUAAAACCACAAAUAUAAAAUAGAAUUUGAGUUUAUUUUCUUAGUUUGGUUUUACGCAAAAAAUUGAUUUAAUAAAAUCAUCCACAGGAUUUUCAUGAUGGAAUUGAUUCUUUAUGAAUAAUAUUUACUAUUAAAGAAACAGGUCUCUGAAAUUCACCUAAAAAAUCUGCACAAAAUUCUACAAAUUUAUCAAUGAAAGUUAAUAAAACAUACCAGAACAUGCAUUUAAUUUAUUUUAGGACCGAUACGCUGACGCAUCUGUGAAUAGUUAGGAAACAGUAUUGCAUUUAUGGGGGCAAGUGCAGACUUUGAAAUUUUUCACUAAAGUACCGUUGGUAAGGUACUAUGGUGAAAUCCGUUUGCACUUUCCCAGGAGUACCUUAAUACAAACUCUGCAGAAGAUUUUCAAAACUUCCGGUUUAGUUUUGGACCAGACAAAUCCUCUGAAUAAAAAUCAUUGGAAAAUUAUUCGAUUAUUUUUUUUUAUUUAAAGAGAAGAUUAAAUUUACAAUACUUUAAAUUUGGAAAAUUUUGAAAAAUUUCGGAGGUGUUUAACUUUGAUAAAACUAGAAAAUAUAUGUUAUGUUUAAGUUUUAGCAGAACUUUAAAAACUCAAUAAUGCUGUGUACUCUGUGUAGCAAUGGUGUCCAAGUACAAGCGGUUGGAGAAUUUGAAUAUCUCCUCCAUAAGCUGUGUAAAUGUACAUACUAUAGGUUCAAACUUCAAAGCCUCUCCUACCGGUUUUCACGCUGAAUCUUCUCGGAGAUUGCUUUGACUGACUGUAAAGAAUCAUUAUCCUUCCAUUCCUUCCUUCGAGAGUUUUGAGCCCGUUUUAUUUUUAAUAAAUCAUAGAACAUAAUCAACUCUAAUCAUACCGACACUUUGUAUAUACCUAUUCAUAACGCGAGCGGUCAAAUUUCUCAAUCGAUAUCUACAAAAUCUAGGUAUAGUUUUGAAAAGCUUAUAACGUGACUCAAAUAUGUUUCUUAGACAAUUUUCAGCUAAAAUCAAUAAUUUGAAAAUUAUUUGAAGUUCAAGAAUUUUUUUUUUAUGAAAAAACAUGCUUCAGGAAAAAAGCUGUAGAUCAGUUAUUAAGGGCUCGAAAAAAAAUUCGUUUAGUGCCUGAGAAAGUUGAAAUAAGAAGCUAAAUGUUGUACAGGGGAUAUACUUAAAAGGGAAUAUACACAAAAAAUUUGUAAAAUUCGUGCUUUUCAUCAAUUAACCGGCAAUGCUGUUACUGUUACAGUAGAAAAAUUUUAAAAAGUGAAUUGUAAAGUUGACGUAAUUUGUCACAUUUUGACGUCUUUAGAUUUUUAAAAUACGAAAUACAUAAUUUAUGACGACUUUUCAAAGCUAGCUGUUUUUCAAACUUUUUAUCAAUCGGGAUUUUCUGAGACAAUUCCUUCACCUGAAUAAGCUUUGCACUGGAUUUUGAGUAUGUUAACGUAAGGUUUAGGCAAUAAAACUAUAUGCAAAAGAAAGCAAAUUUCAUACUGGUUCUAGUGAUGUAUUUGCAUUAGAUGGCGGUGCGAUGAUCGACAAAAAUAUAAUAAAUAUAUUUCUGAAAGUAAAACCAGAAAAUUUGCGCUAAUGCUUGUUUGUUUUUUUUUUGUUCUCUUUUAUCCGUCUUCGUGUGCAAAAUACCUUUGACAUAUUACCACCCACUGCGCCCGUCUGCCAAGCAAGAAUUUGUGCUGUCUUUUAAAAAAUUCAGAAACUACUUCACUGUUUUAUUUAUCAUAUUUUUGUCAAGCAUUGCACCGCCAAUGCAGUUACAUCACUAAAAUUGAUAUGAAAUUUGCUUUCUUUUGAAUAUAAUUUUAUUGCCUAAACCUUACGUUAACAUACUCAAAAUCCAGUGCAAAGCUGAGCUUAGGUGUAGGAGUUGUCUCAGAAAAUCCAAACUGAUAAAAAGUUCGAAAAACAGCUACUUUUGAAAAGUCGUCAUAAAUUAUGUAUUUCGUAUUUUAAAAAUCUAAAGAUGCCAAAAUGUGACAAAUUAUGUCAACUUUCCAAUUCACGUUUUAAAAUUUGUCUACUGUAACAGGAACAGCUUUUUUCUAUCUUUAGCUUUCUCAGGCACUAAGCAAAAUUUUGUACGGGCCCUUAAUAACUGAUUUUCAGGCUUUUUUCUGAAGCAUGUUUUUUCAUAAAAAUUAUUUUGGUCUUUGGAUGAGUUUUAUGUUAUUGAUUGUAACUGAAAAUUGUCGGAGAAACAUAUUUGAGUCACAUUAUCAGCUUUUCAAAACUAUAGAUUUUGUAGACAUCGGUUGAGAAACAAGAGAGUUUCAGCGAAUACAGUGUAAGCCAUCAUUUGACCGCUCGCAGUAUGAAUAGGUAUACCACAUGCGUUAUUCGAAAACCACAACACUUAGAAAAUUUCUAAAAAUGCAAAAUUACUUGCAUUUUAAAAAUAAAAAUAGUCCUGUCGUUAAAUUGGCGAAAAAAUAUUAGAUUAGGCGUAAUCAUCAUUUAAAGUUAGAAAAAUGAUUUAGUGUUAAAAACCGUUAAUCAGAACAUGGUCCAUGUAAGUUGUUCAAUGACUGGGAAUGACAUAAACUUAAAAAGUGCGUUUAUUCAAAGAUAAACCAAGUGUUGAAAGUAUGAUCUUUGAAGUUUUUACUUGUUUGAAUUGCUCUUAGCUCACGAAAAUUUAAACAUACAUACAUCACUACUCGCACAAAUUUAACAAUUUUGAUAAUUUAAAUAAUUUUUUAGAAUUUUUAGUUUUUUAGUUUUUUACUUAUUUUAAAAAUAUUGCAUCAUGGAAUUGAAGAAAAGCAUGCCAUGGACAAACAUUUCGUCAGUGUCAUUAAUUUUCAUUCUUACCUUUAAUUAAGAAGUUUAAACCACAAAAUUUUGAUAAAAUGGAUUCCCAAAUUCCCUGCUCUUCCUCGGCCCAGGACAAUGUGUUCGAUUUCAUUGAAAAUCUUAUAAAUUCCAUACCGGAACAUACUGAUGCAAGCGCAUUCGGAACAACAACCCAAGGUGCUACCUCCAAGCCUAUGGGAACUCGAAGAAUUUUGAAAAUGCGCCAACAACUAAACAAACAGAACAACUUUAUCGCUGACCUCAAAAAAAAGAUCCGUGUUCUUGGUGCUGCUUCGCCGAAAUCGAUUUCUGAUCAGGAAGAAUUGGCUUUUCUCAAAAGUCGUUUAGCCAAGGAAAAUGAUUUGCUGAAUAGCUUGAUGAGAACCCUCAUCGAAGAACAGAAGAAGGAACAAUCCUGGGAACCGAUCCGUUUGUGCACCGACCCAAUGGACGAUGUGGUUCGAAGUCCGUGGAUGCUGGGUGGCGUUGCAAUGCAAGAUCCACGCUUUUCAUUUGAUUCAACGCUAUCCUCAUUGAGUUCGCAGGGUCAUGGAGACAUAGAUGACACCAUGAAGUAUGAUGAUGUUACUAAACAAUUCCAAAAAGAACUGAUGAAUCGAGACCGAGUAAUUGAAAUUUUGCAAAACCGUCUCGAUGGACUUACGGCAGAUGUGAUGAAAGUAAAACGAGACAACAAUGCUAUUCUGGACAAAACUCCAAAAAAUACCAAAUUUUGCGAAGCGGAUAUGUUGAAUCGUUUACGGUUCUAUAAAGAAAACACUGAUGCUCUUGAACAAAACCUCCAUCAAAUGGGAGCCGCUUUGAAUGUCAUAAGAUCAGAGCUGGGAACCAACAUUGCAGGAACAUCGCCUGAUUUUAUUGACUGUUCUGGUCUCCAUCGGACUUCGAAUUUCAGUGGGAACCAUGAAUGUUCUACUCCAAAGAAAUCAUGUCCCAAAAAUAAUGAUGAUCAAUAUAACGAGUUGAUGAAAGAAUUCGCGAACAAAUCCGAGGAAUGUAAAAAACUAACCGAUCGCUUGGCGAAAUCAUGUUCUUGUAAAGCCGAUUCUCCUGAACAGGUUGAGUUAGAUUUACUCAAGAAAAGGUGCUCGGAGCUUCUGGACGAACAUGAUGAAUUCAAGAUACUAAUUAAAGAACAAGGUGAACAGCUUGAUGAAUAUCGCAAAAAAUUCUUGGAUGCACAACAAACAGUUGAAGAGCAAAAACUUAAGAUGAACAAGAUGGAUAUAACAAAUAAUCGGAUUGAGGAGCAAAUCAACAUCGAGGUGCAAAGGAUAAAAGCCAAAUUUCAGGACAAAUUACGAAAGCUUCUUCCAUUCCCUGGUUUGUUGGAGGCCGAAGAAACAAAAGUUAAAAAUCUCAAGGAUUCGAAUGAAAAAUUGCUGGCAGAAUUGAAAAAAUCCGCCAAAGAAAUCAGAUGCUUAGAAAGUAAACUGCAUAACGCACAUGUUUCGCAAAACUCUGAAUUGGAACAAGCUUACCGUUUAAUGAAAACAGAAAUGGAACAAACUACAGACAUGCUAGAGGAAGAAAAGAAAGCGAAACAAAAACUCCAAGAACAAGUAUCGAGUAUGCAGCAAGAAAUGGAAGAAGUGCGAUCUGAAGCAGCAAAAAUCAUCUGCCGAACAAACAACCGUAUUCAAGAGGAUAAAAACGCCGCACAAGAGCGAUUGCGUGUUGUGGAAUUGGAGUUGGCGCAAUGUCGUGCAGCAGCUGCAGUAACGAUUCAAAACCGGGAAGAAGCAUUACGAGAGAUGCAUCGCCAAAUCGGUGUCUUGUCCGCAAGCUUUGAAGAUGCACAAAUGCAAAUCAAAUCCCUUCGGAACCAGCUGACGUAUUUGCAGAAUGAAAGGAUCUCGAGGGCUUAACUGAUUUCUUUUGUUGUUUUUCUUAUUCUGAAUAAAGCAAAUGAUAACAAUCCGUUAAUUUUUUAUUAAAGUUAAUAAAGUUUUAGUAAAAUGACAAUUCUAGAUGAACCUAAUAUUCUUAAUUUAUUUUUAUUAGGUCUAUCCCGCAGGCGGGAAUAUUUUGCGAAUAGGACUUUGGGACCAAAUAGUGUUGUUGA